AUGGAUCCAAACGUCUCACAACAGGCAUACACCUCAAUGAUGAAAUUCACCAUUGAUGGUCGGCCCUAUCUCAAGGAUAUUCACGAUCUCUUUGCAGCACUUAUUGUGCAAAUACCAUUGGAUGUGCAUCGAUACCUCUUUCGCAAUUACCCAAACACCUUUUCAUCGGAUGAUGCUAUACAAGCUUUGGGGUCGCUACGAUUUUCCUACACAGCACGUAUGCCCGAUCCCAAUGAUCCAUCCAAGCUGCUGCGUACAACAACAACGACAACGUUUAAUAUGGAAAAGGACAUGGCCAAGACAUUAUUACAGCAAUUUCAGCAAUGUCGGCUUAUGGAGAACGCGACGGAUCCACAAAGUCGGGCGUAUCGAGAGAAGGGCAUUUGGCAAUUGACGCCCAAGGGGCUGUGUGUAUUGCAAGAUUUUUGUGUACGCACUGAAGCUGAUAUGACUACGCUUCGUAAAUACUUUGGGCAUGUUGAACCGAUUCAGCUGGUACGCCUUGAACGCCAUGCUGAUGAUGAUCAAAUUAUCCAUGGACGUCAAAACUUGUCGGUGGUAUUUCGCAUCAUGAUGACUUGCUUGCCUUUGGAAGGUGAGCAUCAUCAACAAUCGGUCAACAACAACACCAGCACCAAGGCAACCAGUGGUCGUCAUAGUGAUAAACCUGUAUCAGCAGCAUCUUCUCAAUCGUCAUCAGGGUCUUCUGCUCCUUUUGCUAUGGCAUCUCAAUCCGAUUCACGCGUGCAGUUGCUGGCCAACAAUCUCUUGACACAAUCCAAGAAAAAGACCCAUUCUCAUGCUCAUCGUUCGAUCAAGCAUAUGCGUACGGUGUUUUCCACUCAGCUGUGUACCGACUGGCUCACCGAUUACAGCACCGUUUCGUCUCGUGAAGAAGCUGAGACGCUUGCAAAUGAAUUUGUAAAGUAUGGUUGGGUGGAAUUCCAAGAUCCAAAGCAGUCGACACCUAUUCGUGCAAGCAAGACCAUUAUGCUUAUUGUCACAUCCAAGGGCAAGGAAGUGGUUGCAGAAGAUAACAACAAGAGCAAUAAUAAUAAUUCAUCCUCCACCACUACCACUACCACUGGAUCCACUACUACUACCACAGAGCAGCAACAAACCACCUUGCGUGAAAUGUUGUCACAAGAUCCAAAUGAUCCAACACCUGCAUCCACAACAACAACUACUACUACCACCGAUGAACCACGACCCCCCAGCACAGCAAGUAUGGAUCCUCCACCCCCUUCCAAUCCACCGCCCAUGUCAUCGGCAGCCGAAGAUGUAAAAGAGAGUAAUGCUGCACGUCUCAAAGUGAUUUUGGAUGAUGCACAAUUGCGAUCUUUGUUUAAGGACUUUUUGCGAGCCAACUUUUGUGAGGAGAAUUUGGAUUUUUGGAUCGACUAUGAUACGUUGCGUCGUAAAUGCCGUGCACAAAGUCCUGCUAUGCCAUCACAGAAUCAGAAGGACUUGUUGGAGGAUGCUCAUGAUAUCUGGUCCACGUAUUUGGCGCCUGGAUCUCGAUGUGAAUUGAAUGUUGAGCAUACGUUGCGUCAAGAAAUGGCACGUGUGGUGAAUUCCAUGGUCCAAGUGGUGCCAACCUUUACCCCUGGUCAAGUCAAGCCAACCAUUGUCAUUUCGACACCAUCCACGUCACAGAGUUUGCGUAUGAUGCUAAAGUGGUUGGAUCGUGUCAAUGAACAUAUUUGUCGUUUGAUGGCAUCCGAUUCAGUACCCAAGUUUGUAAAGACACCAAAGUAUCGAAAGAUUGUCGAGGCACGUGAAAAGUUGGCGGCUAAGGAUGACAUGUUCAUGGCAGCAUCAUCAUCAUCUUCAUCAUCCGAGAAUCAUACAACAUCCUCUGGACCACCACCACAACCAACACCCACCGUCGUUGAAAACAAGGCAUGA